UUUGCGGAGGGGAGAGACCUCGGCAGGGUAUAAUGUCAGAGAGUCCACCUCCAAAGCAGCCAUUUUCUCCAGGAGAACUGAUCUCUGCAGCCUGGAGAUGGGUUGUAGUUCUGGGAUAUAUCUUCAGCCACCAACCGGAGAUUGGUAACCGUAUGUGGCAGGUCAUUUUUACGCGUGUAAAACUGUUUAAACUCCACCUUUUUUAUACCAAACAAGCCUUGGCUGAGUGGGAGACAAUGUACGCUCUCACAUUUGCUUAACUGUCUGAGAGAGAAAGACGGUAGCGGCGGUCACAGCACCAGGCUAUCGAAACAGCGAGGUCUGAGAGCACUUUUCGCCAUUCUUUCCCAAGAGAGGGGGGAAGUGGCGUCGCAAAUAACCAGGAAGUCCCGUCUCCACGUCGCGGCCCUGCCAGUCUAGUAAAGUCCGUGCCAGCUGUCGGUAGGGCGAUCAAGUUGUUGCCCCACGGAUUCAUUUUAUUGUAGCACCACACAAUGGCCGCGUCCAUGCAACGAGAAAAGAAGUCUAAGAACCUGUAAUUCAACCGAUGAACGUAGUUUCUUCACGCUUUUUGUGCAGAUCGAAGGCAGCCUGCGGGAUUUUAGCUGCCAUAACUGAAGCUUGUGAUUUCUCUGAUCAUGUUUGCCAAAGCUUUUAGGGUAAAAUCCAACACUGCUAUAAAAGGAUCUGAUAGGAGGAAGCUGCGAGCUGAUGUUGCAGCCACAUUUCCCACACUCUCUGCUGAACAGCUCUCUGAGGUUGUGUCAAAUAAAGAAGAGCUGAAUGUUAUCAAGUUGUACACUCACAAAGGAGAGGCGCUCACAGUUUAUGCUAAUAGCAGGAAUCCAGUACUAUUUGAAUUUGAGAAAACUCUGUAUCCAACAGUGUAUACCCUGUGGUCUCAUCCUCAUCUUCUCCCUGCCAUCACAACUUGGCCACCUGUGUUGCACAAACUAGCAGGAGGAGCAGAUCUAAUGCUUCCUGGAGUUGUAGUGCCCUCUAGUGGUCUUCCUCAGAUAGAUCGGGGUACAUUAUGUGCUAUUACCUUGGUGGGAAACAGAGCUCCAGUGGCUGUUGGAAUAGCUACCAUGUCCACUAUGGAGAUGUUGGCUGCUGGAAUGAAAGGAAAAGGCUUCACUGUGCUGCAUACUUACAUGGAUCAGCUAUGGAGUUUUGGUGACAAGACAUGUCCACCCACAAUAGUCACACUGGAGGCCGAACCUGUCACUGAACAUGCUGCAGAGGAGGAACAGGACGAUAAAGGAGAGCCUAGCAAAGUGCCUGAAAAAAGCCUCCCUGUUGAUCCAUCCCUGCAAAUAGACAUUGGGAAUGUGAGCCUCAUUGAAACUACUGAGAGUGCUGAAAUGGGAGAAAAGGAGCAGCCUAGUGAGAACGGAGCUGCUGAGACUAUUGAUGAAGACGAUUUGGAUGUUCUCCAGGAACUGGAAGACAGCAGGAGUCCACAAGAACAAAUGGAUGCAUUACUUCAUCAGUGCUUCUUCCAUGCCUUAAAAUGUAAAAUAAAGAAGUCUGAGCUCCCUCUGCUGACCAGCACCUUUCUGCGUAAUUACAUGUUCUCAUGCUGUCCAAAAGGUCAACAAAUAGACAUAAAGAAAUCCAGCUACAAGAAGUUCUCCAAGUUCCUACAGUCAAUGCAGCAACAGAAGAUUCUUCAGGUGAAGGAACUGAGUAAGGGAGUGGAGAGCAUUGUGGAUGUGGACUGGAGACAUGAGCGCAUUAGAUCUUUCUUGGUACCUGAAAUAGCAGCAUCUGAAUCACCUGCCCAAGAUUGUAAAGGUGUUGAUGGAGAGCAGCUGUACCACCCUCCUGAGAUAAUACCGCUCUAUGGUAUCUCAUCCAAAAUGGCACCCUUGUUCCAGGAGUCUAGAUAUAAGAAAGGCGACACCCUUUCCGGAAGUGAAGUGAGAAGUGCUGUUAUCGACUAUGUGAAGACUAAUGAGUUGGUUGAUGCAACAAACAAAAACUUUGUAAAGGUGAAUCCUGUUUUGUGUGACUGCCUGUUGAACAAAUCAGAGCAAGAUGAAAUCUCAGCACUCAAGUGGGAUGACCUUUUUAGCAGGUGUCUCAACCAUCUGCAGUCCUUCCAUCAGGUGACCUUUGCAGGGCAUGAACCCAUAGUGAGGAAAGGAAAUAUUGACCCCAUUGAUAUAACCAUAGCACAGCGAUCAUCAAAUAAAAAGGUAACAAUAAUUAAGAAUCUGGAGCUGUAUGGUUUAGAUCCACAAGCUGUUGCCAAUAUUCUUCAGCAAAGGGUCCAGGCCAGUGCCACAGUCAACACACUCCCAGGAGCCAAGGACAGAGCUCAGGUUCAGAUACAAGGCAAUCAAAUCAACCAUCUUGCUAAACUGUUGCUGGAGGACUACCAGAUAAAUCGCAAAUACAUCCAGGGCCUAGAGAAGGCACCAAAGACUGGUCGAAAGAAAUAGCCAAGACUGAAGAUUAGAGUUCAAUUAUUUAUAGAUUAUUUUAUUCAACAGAGAUAAGUAAUCCAACUGCUUUAGCUAUAAAAAUGGUUUUAUUUAAAAAAUAAAUGGUUUUCCCAGAUGUUUUGGUGAGCUUUUACACAGCUGGUUGGGGCUAUAUAUGUGCCGUAUAAAUAUGUAACACAAUUUGUACCAGUCUGAGUUAUUAAAUCUACUUAAUUACUGGA